AUGGCAAUUGCAUCACUUUAUGCAUUUUUAUUUAUGCUUGGUACUUGUGGAAAUGCUGCUACGUUAGCUGUUGUAUUUCACGUUAGAUCUGUUGAUCCGAGAGCUCGACAAAAUGCUACUUUAACUUACAUUUGUGUUUUAAGUAUUAUUGAUUUUAUAAGUAUGCUACCAUUACCGAUGACAAUUACUGAUCAAAUAUUAGGUUUUUGGAUGUUUGGAACGACAAUUUGCAAAUUAUUUCGAUUAUUUGAGCAUAGUGGAAAAAUUUUUAGUACUUUAAUUUUGGUAUGUUUCAGUAUCGAUAGAUAUUGUGGAGUUUGUCAUCCAUUAAAGGUUGAAUUACGGAAAACAAGGACAGCUUAUUUUAUGCUAACAUUUAUGUUUUGUAUAACUUGCAUUAUGCUUGCUCCAAUCAUAAUUUUUGCUCAGUCAAAGGAAAUAAUUUUACACGAAAGUUAUAACAGGGAAAAGAAUGAAAUAACACGGCUACAUUUAUUCAAAUGCGCUGAUAAUUUAGACAAUAAAUUAUUUAUUUUAUUUAGUUUAACUUGCUUUAUUUUUGCUUAUCUAAUUCCAUUGCUAAUGAUGGUUUUUUUUUAUUUUCGAAUGUUACUAACAUUAUUUGAAAAGAGUCGAACGAUAAGAAACGGAAUGCAUGCAUUUUUUUUCCGGAAAUCCUGGAUUGAAGAUAAAAUACCGGUGAUAAGGAUUGCUACUUAUACACUUCUUUUAUGCUUAUUUCAUUUUGUUUGCUGGACACCAUACUGGAUAUCAGUACUUUAUUUACUUUAUCUUGAACUAUUUCCGCCACCUGAAUUUGAAAUGCCCAAUUUUCAGGACACCAUAUUGGAUAUCAGUUAA